AGCAAAGGACAUUAAGUUCAGUGUGAAAGCACACCACAGAGAAUAUAGUGCUCCAGAAAGCUCAUAACCUAGAUGGUGACAAAGAGCAAUGGACAGAUAUGACCAUUCGGCUGCCUUUGGAGGCAGAGCAACAGGAAAAAUCAUAUACCCAGAAGGACCGAUGCCUGUGAAGGAGGCAGACAACAAAGACCCAGGGCUAGUCAAUUUCAGUAGGCUGCCUAUGGGGAUUUCAAGACCAAUCUUCCAGGCAAGUUCCAUGUACCAGAACAAUAAGCAUUCAUCCCCUUCUCAAGGAUUUCAACAGCUUAACAAAAUCACACCAAACCAUUCAUCUACAGACAUAAAAGCCUUUAACUUUCAAUUAUCUAAUAUGAGUAAUGAUAGCCAACAAGAGAAAAUUGGGAAUCCCCAACCAAAUAUGUCAAACUCCCGCCCACAAUUCAACUGCAUACAACCAAUUCAAGACAAAAUGUCAAUGAGUAGAGCUGGUAUCUCUGUUCAGAUGACUCCAGAGAGAAUGACAGAAGCAGAAGAGAAAUCCUGCAACACAUGGAAGAAUAUUAGAAAAUCAUAUGUACAGAAAAAAAUGCCAGCUCAAAAAGUCCCCCAUUUUGUUGCUGAUCAAACACCUGAGAGGAAAAAAACAAGCCCCCUCAAUCCUGCACAUGCCAUCCGAAAGUCACGGAUGAUCAAUUGUGUCCAUAUACGGUCAUUUAGGGAUAGGGUGAUUCACCUACUGGCACUGAAAGACUACAAGAAGUCGGAACUUCUUGUUCAAUUGCAAAAGGACGGUAUCAAAAUAAACGACACCAAUUUUCUUGGAAAAAUUCUGCUGCAGGUGGCUAAUUUGAAUGCCACUACAUUGUCAUAUACUUUAAAAGACAGUAUCUUCAAAGAAGUCCAGAGAGAUUGGCCUGGUUAUAAUAAGGAAGACAAGCAAUCAUUGGAUUUGGUGCUUUCAAGGAAACUACAUCCAUUUAACAAUGCCACCAAGGUCACCCAUUGCAAAGAAACUUCUGUAGUAUCUAAAACAGAUGAUACAUCAUCAUCAAAGGAUCAUUUUCUCAAUUUAUCUGGUAUUGACACUUUAAUUAAAAACAAAGGAGGACUCUGUUCCCCUAUAUCUGCUGUGCAGUUAGCAUCAAAUGGCCAUGUAAGCAGUGAGAAGUAUAAAUCUGCUGUGCAGUUAGCAUCAAAUGGCCAUGUAAGCGGUGAGAAGUCGGUGAUUCUGCCGUGCUCUGCAGCUACUACCAAAUAUAUCCCUUUGUCGCUGUCUACCUCUCACCUGCCAAUUUCAAAUUCACCCAUGCUCAUGAAAUCUAAUUGUAAUGUUCGAAGUGCUCCAGAAAGAUCUGAGACUCAACACACAUGUGACAGCAUCCACCAUGAUGGCAGCACAGUUGAAAAAGAGCUGAAUAAAUGCACAUCUUCAGAAACCUCAUCCUGUGCUUCUAUUCCAAAAAAGCAUUCAAAACCGAUAGAAAUCCAGCAUUUCAUGCCUGAGAAGUUCAAAUGUGCAUUUGCCAAGCGAAAAACAAGCAUCCCAAGUUAUAUUACCAGCACACAUCAGAAACUGAAGAUAGAUUUUAACAAACAAGAUGAAAUUAUGAAGUCAAAUUCCAACAAAGAAAUUAAAAAAGCUUUUGCUGAUUCUGGAAGGUUUGGUACUACAUCUGGAACUCCAGAAUAUUUAUCUAAUUAUACCAUUAUAGUUUCCUCUGACCAACGUCAGUGUUAUGAGAAGGAAUUCCGGGCAGAUUAUAGUGAAUAUCAGGCCAUGUAUGACAAGAUUCAGAUUUCAUGUACACCAAUCAUUGACCUUGAUUCAGAAAGGAAGGGAUUAUCCCCUGGAUCCAAAGAAUACCAAGAUAUUACUAAAAAAAUCUCAAUAGAAUAUCAGAAAAUGCGACAGCUUAAUCCUAAAUUUUGUGAAGAAAAAAAUAGAUGUGUGUUUCUUUACAAUAAGCUGGUUCACAUUAAAAAAUUAAUAAAAGAUUUUGACCAGCAAGAAGUAAAGUCAACACAGUAAUGGAGUGUUUAGACAAGAAUAAUUCUUGUUUACUGAAAUUCCAGAUAACUUGCUCCAAAAUUCUAAAGGGAUGGCAUUUGCCAUUAAAAAAAGAAAAAGAAAAACAAACUUGUAACAGUAUUUAAAUUGUCUUUAUAUUCUUUCUGUGCUUUCUUGCAAUUUUGAAGUUGCAUUAUAAGGUUCUUUAACCACCAAUACUUGUGUAUCCACUACAUAUCCCAUAAUAUUGUAAACCCAAUGUCUAUGAAAAUAAAAUGAGCAAGUU